AUGGAAGUGAAUACCAUAGUGGAAACUAAAAAUGCUGAUUUCUUCGAGAGUGUUUUCCCUAUGAAGGUCAUCGUAGAGCCUGUGCCUCGUUCAGUAUCAGAAUCCAAAAUUAAUGAUAACUUAGAAUUUGAAAUAAGGAGAAGUAAAAGAGUAAGGAAAGAAACUAAUCUUGGAGAUGGAUUCUACACCUUCUUAGUUGACAAUGACCCACAAACCUAUAGUGAAGCUAUAACGGUACCAUAUGCACCUUUUUGGAAAGAAGCCAUUAACAAUGAAUUAGAAUUGAUUCUCUCUAACCAUGUUUGGGAAUUAGUGGAUAUGCCUCCAAGAGCUAAAACUUUAGGAUGCAAAUGGAUUUUCAAGAAGAAAUUGAAAUCAGAUGGGUCUAUUGAUAAAUAUAAAGCGCGCUUGGUAGCUAAAGGUUACAAGCAACAAAAGGACAUAGAUUAUUUUGAUACCUUUGCUCCGGUAACAAAGAUUGCCUCAAUUAGAGUCUUGAUUGCUUUAGCAUCCAUCUACAAUCUUGUUAUUCAUUAA